AUGAGUUCACAGGAAACCACAGCGGAAACGUUGAAAAAAAUCAAGAAUAAGCAUCGCAGGCAGAAGGUGUUUGCAGCGAUCCAGCAUGAGCGUGCUAAGGAGAGACACAAGGCACGUGCGUCCAGAGCCAAGGAGGAAAGAGAGAACCCUCAGUUAAAGGAGGAGAGAUUGGCAGCUAAUGUGCCUGAGACGAUCGAGUCGAAGCGUGUGUACGACGAGACGAUCUCGGCUGAGGUGGAGGGAGAAGAUGAGUUCACGGAGCUCUUCAACAGAACACAGAAAGACCCUAAGGUGUUGAUCACCACCAACGUCAACGCCAGAAAGGCAGCAUACGAGUUUGCGGAUAUCAUGAUGGAUUUCAUUCCCAACGCUACUUUCGUCAAGAGAAAGAGAGAGUACCUGAUGAAGGAAAUGUCCCAGUUUUGCAUCAACAGAGAGUACACUGAUCUUAUUGUGAUCAAUGAGGAUAAGAAGAAGGUGAACGGUCUUACGUUUAUCCAUCUACCUGAAGGCCCCACCUUCUACUUCUCUGUUUCGUCUAUGGUCGAGUCCAAGGGCAUCAGAGGCCAUGGAAGAGCCACCACGCAUAUCCCAGAGCUCAUUUUGAACAACUUCAACACCCGUUUGGGUAAAACCGUGGGCCGUCUUUUCCAGGCGAUUUUCCCCAAGCAGCCGGAAAUCCAGGGCAGACAGGUCAUCACGUUGCAUAACCAGAGAGACUACAUUUUCUUCAGAAGACACCGUUACUUGUUUAAAGAGAACGAGCGUGUGGGUCUCCAAGAGCUAGGCCCUCAGUUCACCUUGAAGCUCAGGCGGUUGCAAAAGGGCAUCAAGGACGAGAUCGAGUGGGAGCACAAACCAGACAUGGAGAAGGACAAGAGAAAGUUCUACCUUUAG